AAUUAGAGAAAAGUAUAGUUGAGUUAAUACAUUAAUCAUGACAAUUCAAAUGAAAAAAAAGGAUCAUAGUGGCUAUUGUGUUAGUCAUUUCAUCUAUGAAUUUACUAAAAUUAUAUGAAUGACUAAUAAGUUAAUAGCCUGGAAAUUUAGUGAUCGUUUAUGCAAUCGAGUGUAAAUAAAAAAAAUGGACAACAAUGUUGAGACAAAUAAAGAGGAAAUAAAUAAUGAAAUAAAUUAAAGAAAGAGCUAAUAAAAUACAUGAUGAUGACCACAUUAAUGAUGUAAUUAGUUUUUUUUAAAUAUUUAGAGAUUAAUCAAAAAAGGCGGAUUUUAAAAGCAAAAAUCCCCCAUUACCAGCUCAUCCGCCCGGGUAUAAAACCAGAAACCCCUCCACCUUCCUUGCUCCCAUUCCAUUACCUUCUUCUAUAAGCUUUUUUCAACGCAUUCGUUCCAGCUGAAUCGGCCACAAGAGAAGACUAAGUAAGAAAGAGCACAGACAACGAAAGCAAAGUGAAAAAUCCCCCGAUUCCCCAGCAAUGGCCGUCAAAAUCUACAUCGUUUACUACUCCAUGUAUGGACAUGUUGAGAAACUAGCUGAAGAGAUAAAGAAAGGAGCUUCAGCUGUGGAAGGAGUUCAAGUUAAGCUAUUUCAGGUACCAGAGACACUGAAUGAAGAGGUUCUUGGCAAGAUGGGAGCCCCAUCAAAGAGUGAAGUCCCCACCAUCACUGCCAACGAACUUGCAGAGGCUGAUGGCAUCCUCUUUGGCUUCCCAACUCGAUUCGGGAUGAUGGCUGCUCAGUUCAAGGCUUUCAUGGACUCCACCGGUGGGCUGUGGAGGACUCAGGCACUCUCAGGGAAGCCUGCUGGUAUCUUCUACGCCACUGGCUCUCAAGGAGGUGGCCAGGAGACCACACCCUUGACAGCGAUCACUCAGCUGGUUCACCACGGGAUGGUCUUCGUCCCAGUGGGGUACACAUUCGGAGCUGGGAUGUUCGAGAUGGAGCAGGUGAAAGGUGGGAGUCCUUAUGGUGCUGGCACAUUUGCAGGGGAUGGCUCCAGGCAGCCUACUGAGCUAGAGCUGGGGCUGGCUCAUCACCAGGGGCAGUAUUUUGCCGGCAUUGCCAAGAAAUUGAAGGGUUCUUCUAUUGAUGCUUAAGUGGAGAGGGGUUUUUUUGGGUGGAUUUCUUCAUACGGUUUAAACUCAUUUGUGUUUAUGUUCCUCCUAAUAUACAAAUUAGAAGCUUUUUAAUUCAAUUUUCUCCCAUUUUGUGAUGAAUAAAUGUAUUAUUGUGUAAUCUCAUUGUUGGGCUACAUGAUUUUCGAGUAACUUAGUUUUGUGCCCUUUGUAGUUUUUAUUUUUUAAUAGAAUAAUAAUGGUUGUGUACUUUUUUCAUUAUUUCUUUGGUGAUGAAUUUGAAUGGGCAUUUUUCUCCAUGCUUUAUUUAGCGUAUUUCAAUUUUUAUAAACUAGAAUGUUGAAUAUUAUGGGGUCGUUUGGACGAGGAAUUGUAACGGAUCAAUUUGACACAAUUGUCUUGUUUUGAGACAAUUGAACCAAAUUCUCUCGUUUGCCAUUAAAAAAUUUGAAUGGAUCAAUCUGCCUGAGGUAUUUUGAAUUGAUCCGUUUUGAGUUAAUUUCAAUUACCUGGGGUGGGGGCAGGUAAUUCGAAUUGACUCAUUUUAAUUGACUCGUUUUAAUUAUCUCGUUUAACUUGGGAGACGAGGUAAUUUUUCAUUUUGAAGUGAAGCUGGUUUGUUUGAGUGGUAAAAUUACAUUGAUAGAUUUAUGCAUGCGAUGAACAAUAUUUUCCUAAAAAUAAUUUUGUCCUUUGAAGUUAUUUACCCUAUAGAGAACCCCCCUAUUACAUGAAAUAGUUUCAAGUAAAAUCAAAUAUGUCUAUCCAGUCAAUUGAUGAGUAGCAGAGAGGAAUCGUUCACUCUUGUUUUUAAUUAAUUGAUUAGCAAAAGUCUAACUAGCUAGCUAGGGUUGGAGGAAAAGAACAAGUUGGGAUUAGGUGAUAAGUCUUUGGAGCAAAGAUCAUCAUUAAUUGGACACGAGGAAGAGACGAGUAGAGAUUCAAAACACAAUCAAAAGGAUUAAGAAGAACCCGUUAGAUAGGGUUAAUUACAAACCAAAAGAGCCGUUAUAUUGUUUUAGGUUUUUGGGUUUGAGUCGUUUAAGUAUUAUUAUGUGAGAAUAAUAUGUCAUAUUCUAGUUUAAUUAGGUAAUGGGUGAGUUGAACCUAAACCCUUUGGACUCCCUACAAUUUGUUACUACUUUUUGUACGGGUAUACAUUAGAAUAUAGAGACAUCAAAAUAGUAUAUUUUCCAAUGAGCAUUAUAUAUGAUAACCUAGUGGAUUAAGCGUAUGUUGUCUAAUUCGCGCUAAUUUAAACUCUGGAGUCCAACAAAGUAUUUUGCGUUUAAGUUUGCUACGGGAACUUUUGUUUCGUACAAGCGUUCUUGAAAAUCUUUCCCGAAUAAGUAUUCAUUACAUUUCUGAUCUAUAAAAUAGACAAUAUUUGAUUUAUCUUUGUUAUUCUUCUAAAUUAUGAUAUUUAAUACAUGAUAUCUUUUGUUAUCUAUGCUUCAUGUGCUUGGACUGACUGUCAGAUGUUCUUUGAUACCAUAGAAAUAUUCCACCUAUUUUAAAUCAUCAGAAAAGGAUGAAAGACCAAAAAACCUCUGGCGGUACUACUGCUAGAAGGGCUUAACGCGCCUUCUAUACAAAUAUUAUUUAGGUCUAAUUGAUGACACCACUAGGAUCCGUGGCGCAAUGGUAGCGCGUCUGACUCCAGAUCAGAAGGUUGCGUGUUCGAUUCACGUCGGGUUCAAAAUCCCGAUUCUAGGGUCCUAUUUUUUGUUCUGAUUUUGCACAGAUAAGUUAAAGUAAUAGUUGUAUUAUAAUCGUGAUCGCGUGUAAGAAUUAACUUCAUUUUUUUUUUAGUAAUGGAUAGGAUUAUUAACAGAACUCUGUAGAUAAUACAUCAAAUAAUUUGCUGUUUAUUAAUGGAUAGGAUAUCCUAAAUUCGAAUAAAUCAAGCUAGUCUAGUUAUCUGCCCUAUGCAAAGGGACUAAUGGUUACUUGAUAUACGACACAAAACUGAAAAUAAGAGGGAUUAUAAAGUCAAGGAUAAUAU